ACAAACCCAACACCGUACUGAAAUGCCAUCCAUGGCCCAGCUCUGAGAAGGAAACAAAUCCCAAAUCUGUCAUCAUAUUUUCCCAAUUCUGUCAUCAUAUUUUCCCAAUUCUGUCAUCAUAUCAAUUUUAUAUAAAAAUGUCCCUCAAUUACAGAGCUUAAAUAAGGUCUUGAUCCAUGGGCCAUUUGAUUGAGAUUCAUCUGCAUCCCCAAAAUGGAGAUAGCAGAUGAUUUGGUGGAGGAGAUACUGAAGCGCCUGCCCUUGGAAUGCAUGUUCCGAUUCCGCAUGGUUUGCAGGGGUUGGUACCGCCUCCUGCGAGAAUUAUGGGCAGAGGCAGCAAGCAAGCAACCGGCUAUUCUGAUCUGCUUGCCAAAUGCCAACGAGGGCUGCCUCAUUUAUUCCUUCCUUACUCGCAAAUGGCGGCCCCUUUCAUUAUCCUUCCUCCCGGUGCCCGAAUGCAGCAUCAAUGGAUGUGGGGCGGGCCUCCUGUUGCUGGACAUUCCUUCAAUGGCUGCCUCCUGGGUAUGCAAUCCUCUCACAGGAACUUCUUUCCCGCUUCCUGCACUCACAUUUCCCCUUGAUGUACUUUCCAGAUGGGUGGUGCAGGGCCAUAACAGGGGAACCUACAAGGUCCUGCUUUUGGGGAAGAAAUGCAGCCAAGAUUCAAUUGAAGUUCAUGGGUAUAACUCUGUUACAAAUUCGUGGAACAAAAUGGGGGAAGACUAUGAUUUGGGAGGGAAUUCUCGGGCAGCACAGAGGGAGGAAACGGCGUUUUGCAAUGGAUUUAUAUUCUUGAUGGGCACAGAUAAUGUGGUGGUGUUUAACAUUGAGGAUUGCAGGUGGAAUCGGGUGGGCAUGCCUGCGGGUGCAGUGGUGAGGAAUAACAUAUGGCCACGCCUGGUGUGUUGUGGGUCUUUUCUCCUGCUGGUGAGAUUGAUUAAGCGUGCCCAUGUUUUGGAGGAUGUGAUAAUGUGGGAGUUGUGUGGAGAGAAGCAGAGGGGGGAUGUGAGAUGGAAGGAAAAGGGGAGAAUGCCCGAGUGGGUGCGGGGGAAAUUGCAGAGAAAGUGGAUUGAAUGUGUGGGAGUUGGAGAUUACGUGUGCUUCAGGUCGCAUGGGAGUGCAGAGAUUGUGGUGUACAGUUUGGGUGAGGGAACUUGGCAAUGGUUGCCAAAGUGUACCGCUGCUUUCAUCAACGAUUCGCGUUCGAGAAGCUUGGCUUUUCAACAGAUCUACUCCUUUCCUCCCCUGCAACACAUCUAGUAUGUGAAGGACCAAAAUUGAAAAAGUUAAUACUUGAAAAUUUGUAUCCUCCUAAUCCUCCAAUGGCAAUGGCCAUUCUAUUUUAUCUUCUAUAUAUCUGAGAUUAGAUAGCUUACAUGUUUUCCAACUA